AUGGGUACUGCCAUCAUUGUCAAGUCGGUUGUCAUGUUCGUAUGUUACAGUCAUGGCACAACUAACUCGAAAGUGUUAGCGUUGGACCAACGAAAUGACAUUAUUACCAUUAUUGCAGCUGUAGCUGGUGCCGUCCUCGGAGACUAUGUCUGGCCUUAUGCUGAUCCUAUUGGUGCUAUUUUAGUAUGGUAAGUCUGUUUUAGUAAAUUUAUUGCAUUUUUUUGUUUUUAAAAGAAAGUUUUUGCUAUUUUUUGUUUUUUAAUGAAAGUUAUUGCCAUUUUUUUCUUUGUAAAGAAAGUUCUUGCUAUUUUACGCUAAAACUAUUUAUUUUUAGUACCUUCAUAGCCAUAUCCUGGUUCACGAACGCUUCUGAACAUAUACCAUUGGUUGUUGGUCGAAGGGCUGAAGAAGAACAUAUGAGUCGCAUCUUGGCCAUUUCCGUCUCCCACGACCCCAGAAUCAAAUGUCUCGACCACAUUAUGUGUUAUCAUGUCGGAGAGAAGGCAUUCGUCGAGCUACAUGUUGUGUUAGAUGAAACUCUUCCAUUGAAAGAGACUCACGACAUUUGCGAAGACCUCCAGAAGAAGUUGAACAUGCUGGAGUUUGUGGAACGAACCUUUAUUCAUGUCGAUUACUUUUGCGAUGGAUCACAAGAUGGUGUUUGA